AUGCGCACCGACAAGCCGCGCGAUCCGGUGGCCGGCCCCGAUGAAGGCCCCGAAGCACCUUACCCCGUGCGAUUGUCAGGACCUGUGAUCAAGGGAUUCGGACGUGGAAGCAAAGAUCUAGGAAUCCCCACCGCGAACAUCCCCGCCGACGAUUUAUCAGAAAAGCACCCGGAGUUGGAAACUGGUGUUUACUAUGGCGUCGUAGCGCUAGACCCAAAGACAUACCAGCAUGAUUCGUCGAAUACAUCUGCGGUGAUCUUACCUGCCGUGCUGAGCAUUGGCUACAACCCUUUUUAUAAGAAUAAGGUGCGAUCAGUGGAAAUCCACAUCAUGCCCGCUCUCACGGAGCCCUCUCCUACUGCUGGCGGCCAAGAAGGUCAAACCAAAUUCCACCGGCUGCCUGAUUUCUAUAAGACGCGGCUUAAUCUGUUGAUUCUCGGAUACAUCCGUCCGGAGUUUGAUUACGUCUCAUUGGAGGCAUUGGUGGAGGAUAUUCGAGUUGACUGUGAAGUCGCGCGCGAGAGUUUGUUGCGCGAUGCUUAUAAGGCGUACUUUGUCGAGAGUGAAGCAUCGGCAUCGAAAGUGGGCGAAGACCGUGCGUGGGGUUUCGACGCCUCUCCAGCCCUACAGCUCCAAGCCAUCCGCAUCCGGAUAACCAUGGUCAACGUAUUCCGGCGCUUCAGCAGACGCCGAGCGCAAAGCUCGAGCAGUAACUCGCCCGAUCAAGCAGAGACUACAGGACCUAAUUCUGCGGCUUCCCAUCCGCAUGGCUUGCAGCGAACCGUCAGUUCAGGCUCCGGCAAACGCAGCCAGCGCUAUGAAGAGGUGUCUCCCCGACAUCUCUUGCUGAUCUCCGACUCAGCUCAUUUUGAUCCCCAUGUUUUUCAUUGCUUCCAAGCAGAAGGUUUUGAUGUAAUGUAUCUCCCAUUCAUCGGGUGUGGAGACGAAGACAAAGAUCGCAAAGCACUGGAAAACGAAGUACACCUGAAAGAAGAUGAACUCGAAACAGGAGAGCGAUAUGCGAUUGUUGCAUACCAUCGCCCGGCUUAUCUCCUGCUCGCAUCGCAUCAUAUGACGUACAGCACCACAAACCCUUUCCCACGUCUGUGCGCUAUGAUAGCAUAUUACCCUCUCUCAUCCACGGAUGAAUAUACCUACCGCCAAAAAGACAACUGCUCGCCACCAGCUUGCUCCGACACAGGUGCCAUAUUUGACCCGGGACCUAAAUCAACAUACCUCCCAAUUCAAGUCCACAUUCCAGGUCCUCGCGUGCAGGCCUGCGCUCUAUGGCCAUGGAUAAGCCUCAGUGCAUCAGAAGGAGACGUCACAUACAAGAAGAGACACAGAUGCCAUGUCUAUUCGUACGCAGGGUCCAGAGCCGGCUUCGCAGAGAAAGAUAUCUCAGAAGACAAAUUGGGGGAAGUAGAUGAAGAGGUCAAUGAUGAAGAUCUUCUCAGUUCCCAAUUAGCUUGGAGCCGAGCUUUGGGGUGUUUACGGCGCUCUUUUGGUGUCGGGAGCCACUGGGCCGUUGUUGAUAUCGAAACUGUCUGGGAAGAGUAUUGGGAUCGGGUGUGGGGGGAGCUCGAAAAUCGGAAGGAGCACCAUGGGAGAAUCGCCGAGCCUGCUGUUGAUAUGUUGACGAGACAUGGCCAUUAUGGUGAAGUUGGCUGUGCUGCCGGAGAAUCCUAUGUCAAGUGUAUUCCCACGGGGGCUGGAGGCUCGACGAUCUCAUCUUUGAGGGACUUUUUCGCCCAUGUUUUCAUUCCUGCUGGCCCAUCUGACCAGCAAGUACGUCUGUUGUCACGCACAGUUGGCUCUGACCGCAUUGUAGAUGAGGUGAUGUUUUCAUGUCGGCAUACGGCGGAGAUCCCUUGGCUUUUACCUGGUGUCCAGCCAACGAAUCGAGAUAUCAAGGUUGUUGUUGUUGUAGUGGCAGGUUUCUGCGCUGGACAGAUCACGCGGCAAAGCUUGUAUUGGGACCAGGCGAGUGUGCUCGCGCAGGUUGGAGUGAUAGAUCAUGGACUUUUGCCGUUGACACGGGGUGAAGCCCAACAUAUGUAG